AUGACCACCAUGGCAGUGACGGUGGAGAUCACGCGCCGCGAGGUGCUUAGACCCCCACCAUCGGCGUCCGCCCGCGCCGGCGGCAGCAAGUCCCUGCUGACGCCCUUCGACCGCGCCUCCACCGACGGCUACAUCCCGACCGUCUUCGCGUGGAACACGCCUGCGCCGGACAACGACGCCAUAGUGGACGGCCUGCUCGCUGCCGUCGCGAGGUACCCGCACCUGGCGGCGCGCAUGGGCGUUGACGACCGCGGCAGGAAGUGCUUCCACCUCAACGACGCCGGGGUGCUUGUCGUCGAGGCCACCGCCGACGCCGACCUUGCCGACGCGCUGGUGGCGCACGACGUGGCGGCGCACAUCAACGAGCUGUACCCCAAGGCAGAUAAGGAACGUGUCGACGAGCCUCUCUUCCAGGUGCAGCUGACACGGUACAGGUGCGGCGGCCUGGUGAUCGGCACCGUGAGCCAACACCUCGUCGCCGACGGGCAGUCCAUGAGCUCCUUCUACACGGCCUGGGCGACGGCCGUGCGCAACGCUUCGGCUACCGAUGUACCGUCGCCCUUCACCGACCGCGCGGCCAUCGCCGUCCCCCGCAGCCCACCCGUGCCCAGGUUCGAUCACCGGAACAUCGAGUUCCGUGGCGACCAUAGCUGGAUCCACGCCGUCCUCCCCAUGGACAGGAUCAAGAACCUCGCCAUCAACUUCCCGGAGGAGUUCAUCGCCGACCUCAAGGCCCGCGUGGGCGGCCGGUGCACCACGUUCCAGUGCCUCCUGGCGCACGCCUGGAAGAAGAUCACGGCGGCGCGGGACCUGGCGCCGGAGGAGUUCACGCAGAUAAGGGUCGCCGUGAACUGCAGGGGCCGUGCCGACCCUCCGGUGCCCAUGCAGUACUUCGGUAACAUGGUGCUGUGGGCGUUCCCGCGGAUGCAAGCCCGGGAGCUGCUGUCCUCCAGCUACGCCGCGGUGGUCGGCGCCAUCCGCGACGCCGUCGCGCGCGUCGACGCCGAGUACAUCCAGUCCUUCGUCGACUUCGGGGACAUGGCGGAACGCGCAGGGGAGGAGCUGGCGUCCACGGCCGCAGGUCCGGGCACGGCCUUCUGCCCGGACCUGGAGGUGGACAGCUGGCUGGGGUUCAGGUUCCAUGAUCUCGACUUCGGGUACGGGCCGCCGUGCGCCUUCCUGCCGCCGGACCUCCCCGUCGAGGGUCUCAUGAUCUUGGUGCCGUCGUGCGCGGCCAAGGGUGGCGUCGACCUCUUCAUGGCUCUCGACGACCACCACGUUGAGGCCUUCAAACACAUCUGCUACUCCAUGGAUUGA